AUGUUCCCUGCCGAAAAAAAGGGAGAAUGGGAGCCUCAUAGAAUACGCGCGCGGGUCGUCAAGGCCAGGAAAGUAGUAUCACCAAAGCCAGCGGCGCCAGCGACGGAGCCUUCUGUUCCCGCGAGCGAUGAGGGAGCGGCUGCCGCAUCUGGUUCUACUGCGGAAGACAGCUCGAAGCAGGAUGUCGAGAUGAAGGAUGCUGCCGAUGACAAGGUGAAAGAGACUCCAGCUACCGAUGAAAAUGGCGAAAAGCCAGCAGAAGCCGUUGAAGAGACAGAAGAAAUGACCGUGUAUGAGGAAGACACAAUGUCGGAUGAGGGUGCGGUUUAUGCAUUACACAACGGAGCCGUGGUGGACUGGUCGUGUUUCUUCGCGCUCCUCACACAUAUAUACAAUACCCUGAGCCCGCCUUUCCACACGCCAAUGAUAAUAAUUGCACAGCCAGUCUGGACGGCCGCAGAUCGAGAAAGGUUGACCCAGUUCGUGUUCGAGAAGUUCAAGACGCCAGCGUUUUGCCUGAUGGACUCUGCAUUGGCUGUCUGCUACGCAUACAAUACCCCUAAUGCUACCGUUGUUGAUGUGGGCCAUGGCAAGGCAGAUGUUACGGCUGUAACAGAUUUCAUAGUGAGCGAACACGGGCGAGGAAUAGCCCUGGAAGGGUGCGGUGGUCAAGCAUUGACUGAUAGACUACUUGAACUGCUGGGACCCAAAGGAUUCACCCGUGAAAUGUGCGAAAAAUUGAAGAGGAACCCCAUUUGCGAAAUCCUACCGCCUGGCACUCCGUUACCCAAAGACAAUGGCUCUGACUCGGCGAAUCAAGAGUCUAUCAAACAGGCUCCUGCUCCAGGCAUGGGUCCCGAUAUGCCUAGAGGCCUAGGAAAUGGCGAGAAGGAAGAUGACGACGGCGUGCUAGACGUUGCUAGCAUUGUCAGCAGGGGUAAUGCCAGUGAAUUCAUUGCCAAGCGAGAAAAGGAAAAGGCUGAAAAGGCAGCAUCCCGAAAGGGCCAAGCUGCGGAGUCUGCUGCCGCUAGACAAGCCCGUUUACCAAAUUCGAAAAAAGCAAGGGCCAUUUUCCAUUACGAAGGAUUAGCAGAGCCACAGGCCGGAGGCAAUGACCAAACACAGCCUACCAAACAAAAGAAGGAGAUUGAAGUAGGGGUGGAGAGACUUAUGGCUGCAACACCUCUUGAAUCAGGUGCCGAUGAGAGGUGUGGCUACAGUAUCUUGGAGACACUUGCGGCUCAGAUCCAUCAUACAAUUCUCUCUGUUCCCGAUGCCUCAACACGUAGCAGUUUGUGGGACUCUCUCAUUAUCCUCGGAAACGGCAGCAAAGUAAAAGGUUGGUCUCCUAUCGUCAAUUGGUUUAUUAAACUGUUGUAUUCUAACCUUUGUACCACAGGUUUCCCUCAAGCACUCCUUUCUACUAUCACACAGAAAUACGUGCUGUCUCCGUCCUCAGGGACCAUAUUUACCUCAGAGAUACCUUCAACCUUCUCAACUCCUCUAGCAACGGGGGCAAACACACCAGCUCAGCCUCAAAACCCAGGUCCUUACCUUCACCCUGCUGCUCAUGGUGUGAACCCGCUGCUUGUAGCUGCUACUCACUCAAAUACUCCCGCAACGCCCAACAAUCUAAACUCCAAUGCCGCUCUCUCUGCUGACCCCAACAUGCUUGCACACCAUAAAUCCACGGGCCAUUCACAAACACCGACAGGAAUCAAACUUCUCAAACCCCCAGAAUAUUUCCCCGAGUGGAAAGAACAAGGCUCAUCAAGUGCGGCUGCUGCAGUCCCCGGCACAAACCCACCAGCAAGCACAGAUGCUAGCAAUGCGAAUGCGGCAACCGGAGUGGCAUCCGGUUCUAACAACGUUGGCAUGGAAGAGGCAACAUUCCUCGGAGCACAGGUAGCUGCCAAGGUGAUUUUUAUCGUGGACCAGGGGGCUAGCAAGGGUUAUCUCAGUCGUGUCGAGUAUAAUGAUGCUGGUCCAACGGCGAUUCACAAAUAUUGUUUGUAA